UAUUAGACAUAUUACGGAAUUUACGCGUUUCACUUUUUCAAUUCGUCCGAGUAAAACGUGUUAACAUUUUCAGUAUUUUCUAUGAAAUAAUUGUAGAAUUGUAUGGUGUGCUUUAGGUGUAAUUGAAAAUGAAGCAGCUUGCGUUUAUUGUGAUAGCGUUAUUUGUACUUAUAGGAAAUGUACGUGCCGAUGACCCCACGGUCGCCGGAACAGCUGAAAAAAUUGAUAUUGAUCUUGGAGCUAGUCGAGAUGGUUCCCGAACAGACGAUGAGGUCGUGAAAAGAGAAGAGGAGGCCAUUAAAUUGGAUGGCCUUAAUGUCGCCCAGCUCCGGGAGCUACGAGAACGCGCCGAGAAAUUCACAUUCCAAGCUGAGGUUAAUCGAAUGAUGAAACUUAUCAUAAAUUCGCUUUAUCGAAACAAAGAGAUCUUCCUGAGAGAAUUAAUUUCGAACGCCUCCGACGCUUUGGAUAAAAUCCGUUUGCUCUCGCUAACCGAUAAGAGUGCUCUAGAUGCGACGGCGGAAUUAAAUAUACGAAUAAAGGCGGACAAAGAGGCGGGCAUGCUGCAUAUUACGGAUACCGGUAUAGGAAUGACUCGUCAGGAUUUAGUGAAUAAUUUGGGAACGAUUGCCAAGUCUGGUACGGCUGAGUUUCUUAAUAAAAUGCAGGAUGCGAGUGCCGCUCAAGAUUUAAACGACAUGAUCGGUCAGUUUGGGGUCGGUUUCUAUUCUGCUUUCCUAGUUGCCGAUAGAGUAAUUGUGACAACAAAGCAUAACGAUGACAAGCAAUACAUUUGGGAAUCUGAUGCUUCAAGUUUCAGUAUCGUCGAAGAUCCUAGGGGAAACACCCUUCCUAGAGGUACGACUGUAAGCCUUGAAUUAAAACCAGAGUCAAAGGACUUCUUGGAACAUGACACAGUCAAAACCCUCAUCAAGAAGUACUCUCAGUUUAUUAAUUUCCCCAUAUAUUUAUGGACCAGUCAUACAACUAAGGUGGAUGAACCAAUUGAAGACGAAGAAAAAGCUGAUGAACAGGUUGAUGAAAUCACAGAAGAUGAAGCCGCUGUUGAGGAUGAAAAGGAGGAGGAGAAGCCAAAAACCAAACAGGUUGAGAAAACUGUGUGGGACUGGGAGCUUUUAAAUGACAGUAAACCAAUUUGGACAAGAAAACCCGCCGAAGUAGAAGAGAAGGAGUACAACGAAUUUUAUACAUCUCUCACAAAGGACACCAAGGAACCACUCGCGAAAGUGCACUUUGUGGCCGAAGGCGAGGUCACUUUCAAAUCCUUGCUUUACGUACCCUCUAGUCAGCCAUCUGAAAGCUUUAAUAAAUACGGCACAAAGACCGACAAUAUUAAGUUAUACGUAAGACGAGUAUUUAUCACAGACGAAUUCAACGAUAUGAUGCCAUCAUACUUGAGCUUUAUCCAGGGGAUCGUCGACUCUGACGACCUACCUCUUAAUGUCUCGCGUGAAACUUUACAACAGCACAAGCUGAUCAAGGUCAUUAAAAAGAAGCUUAUUCGCAAAGUAUUGGAUAUGUUAAAGAAGGUUCCCGAAGAGGAGUAUGAGAAGUUCUGGAAAGAAUACUCGACCAACAUUAAGUUAGGAAUAAUCGAAGAUCCCAGCAACCGCACUCGCUUGGCCAAACUAUUGAGAUUCUUCUCGUCAAACGGCGAAGAUAUGACCUCGUUAUCGAACUAUAUGAAACGCAUGAAGCCGAAGCAAGAACGAAUUUAUUACAUGUGCGGAACAAGCAAGGACGAAGUAAGAAAUUCUCCAUUUGUCGAAAGACUUCUACGUAAAGGCUACGAGGUGCUGUAUUUAGUAGAAGCGGUUGACGAAUAUGCAAUCACCGCCAUUCCCGACUUUGAAGGAAAGAAGUUCCAAAAUGUCGCCAAGGAGGGCUUCUCCCUGACUGAUGCCGAAGGUACCAAAAAACAAUACGAGCAGCUGAAGACAUCCUUCGAGCCCCUCACGAAGUGGUUGGGAGACAACGCACUUAAAGAUCAAAUCGCCAGAGCUACCGUAUCGGAAAGACUGAGUGACUCACCCUGCGCCUUAGUUGCGGGAAUUUUCGGUUGGACCGGUAACAUGGAGAGACUUGCGACGUCGAACGCCCACCAAAAGUCGGACGACGUGCAACGUGCGCAUUAUCUGAACCAGAAGAAGACGUUGGAAAUUAAUCCCAGGCAUCCUGUAAUGAAGGAGCUGUUGAGGCGCGUCAAUGACGAUCCCAACGAUCCAACCGCAAAAGACAUGGCCGUGAUGUUAUUCAGAACGGCCACCCUUAGAUCGGGUUACAUGCUUCGGGAUACUGUCGAUUUUGCCAAAUCGAUCGAAGGUAUGAUGCGUAAAACGCUGGGAGUGUCGCCUGAUGAACAGAUAGAAGAAGAAGAAGAUUUACCUGAAGAUGGUAUUCCAGAUGAGGAAGCAGAAGCGCAGGACGUAGAUGCAGAAGAAGAACAUGAUGAAUUGUGAGGAGGACAGUGAUGACUUUAAUAAGACUGGACUUUUUUUGUACAAUGUAAUUUAGUAAAUUAAAUAAAAUAAUUGUUAAUUGUUCCCCUGGUGAAUAUUUACAUGAAUUAUUUGCGCAUGUGAAACUUCUCCGUAAAUUAUACGACAGAUAAUAAAUUUA